AUGAAUUAUUCAUCAUUACUUAGAAUUUGGGUCUCUUUCAUCUUUGUGCUUGUACAGCACCAAGCUCAGUCCAGGGAGCUCAUGUAUCCAUUCUGGCAGAAUGACACCAGAACCCCUAAAGUAGACGAUGGAAGCUCCUCUGAGAUUAAGUUGGCCAUCCCAGUUUUCUUCUUUGGCGUUCCUUACCGCACGGUCUACGUCAAUAACAAUGGCGUCGUCUCCUUCAAUGUCCUGGUGAGCCAGUUCACACCGGAAUCUUUUCCUCUGACAGAUGGGAGGGCCUUCAUUGCCCCAUUUUGGGCCGAUGUGCACAAUGGAAUUCGAGGAGAGAUCUAUUACAGAGAGACCAUGGACCCUGUCAUCUUGAAAAGAGCCACCAAGGACAUCAGGAAGUACUUCAAAGACAUGGCAACCUUCUCUGCCACUUGGGUUUUCAUUGUGACGUGGGAGGAAGUCACGUUUUAUGGAGGCAGCAGCACCACACCUGUGAACACCUUCCAGGCUGUCCUGGUGUCUGACGGCUCCUACACAUUCACGCUCUUCAAUUAUUACGAAAUCAACUGGACCACCGGCACAGCCAGUGGCGGCGACCCCCUGACGGGGCUUGGCGGGGUGAUGGCGCAGGCAGGAUUUAAUGGUGGAAACCUCACCAAUUUCUUCAGCCUCCCCGGGUCAAGAACCCCUGAGAUUGUGAACAUUCAGGAGACCACAAAUGUCAAUGUUCCAGGCCGCUGGGCAUUUAAAGUGGACGGGAAGGAAAUUGACCCAGCCAAUGGCUGCACCUCCAGGGGACAGUUCCUUCGGCGAGGGGAGGUGUUUUGGGAUGACCUGAACUGCACCAUCAAGUGCCGCUGCCUGGAUUUCAACAAUGAGAUCUACUGCCAGGAGGCCUCCUGCAGCCCCUAUGAGGUGUGCGAGCCCAAAGGCAAAUUCUUCUACUGCAGCCCCGUGGAGACCAGCACGUGCGUGGUGUUUGGGGAGCCGCACUACCACACCUUCGAUGGCUUCCUCUUCCACUUCCAAGGCUCCUGUGCCUACCUGUUGGCCCGACAGUGUUUGCAGACUUCCAGCCUCCCCUUCUUCAGCGUGGAGGCCAAGAACGAGCACCGCGGGGGCUCAGCUGUCUCCUGGGUGAAGGAGCUCUCGGUGGAGGUCAAUGGCUACAAGAUUCUCAUCCCCAAAGGGAGCUAUGGAAAAGUCCAGGUUAAUGACCUGGUGACUUCUUUGCCCGUCACCUUAGACUUGGGGGCGGUGAAAAUCUACCAGAGUGGCAUGUCUACUGCCGUGGAAACGGAUUUUGGGCUCUUAGUGACUUUCGAUGGCCAGCACUACGCCUCCAUUUCCAUCCCAGGCUCCUAUUUAAACUCCACCUGUGGGCUCUGUGGGAACUACAAUAAAAACCCGCUGGAUGACUUCCUGCGUCCAGACGGCAGGCCAGCCAUGUCCGUCCUGGAUCUGGGAGAGAGCUGGAGAGUCUACCAUGCAGACUGGAAGUGUGACUCCGGCUGUGUGGACAACUGCACUCUGUGUGAUGCCACCACAGAAGCCCUCUACUUUGGCUCUGACUACUGUGGCUUCCUCAACAAGACGGAUGGCCCCCUGUGGGAAUGCAGCACUGUCGUGGACCCCACAGCCUUUGUCCACAGCUGCGUGUACGACCUGUGCAGCGUGAGGGACAAUGGCACACUCCUCUGUCAAGCUAUCCAGGCCUAUGCCCUCGUGUGCCAAGCCCUUGGCAUUCCAAUUGGAGACUGGCGAAUCCAGACUGGGUGUGUGUCCACCGUGCAGUGCCCCAGCUUCAGCCACUAUUCAGUGUGCACCAGCAGCUGCCCCGACACGUGCUCAGACCUGACGGCCUCGCAGAACUGCGCCACGCCUUGCACCGAGGGCUGCGAGUGCAACGCCGGCUUUGUGCUCAGCACCAGCCAGUGCGUCCCGCUGCACAAGUGCGGCUGCGACUUCGACGGCCACUACUACACCAUGGGGGAGUUCUUCUGGGCCACGGCCAACUGCACGGUGCAGUGCCUGUGCGAGGAGGGCGGGGACGUGUACUGCUUUAACAAGACGUGCCGCCCCGGGGAGGUGUGCACGGUGGAGGACGGCUACCAGGGCUGCUUCCCCCGACGCCAGACGGUGUGUCUGCUCAGCCAGAACCAGGUGCUGCACACCUUCGACGGCGCCGCCUACGCCUUCCCCGCGGAGUUCUCCUACACCCUCCUCAAGACCUGCCCCGAGCACCCCGAGUACUUAGAAAUCGACAUCAACAAGAAGAAGCCGGACGCGGGGCCCGAGUGGCUGCGCGGCGUCCGCAUCCUGGUGGCUGAGCAGGAGGUCAAGGUCGGAGGAAUCGGGGCUGCAGAAGUCAAGCUGAAUGGUCAGGAAGUGGAGUUGCCUUUUUUCCAUCCUUCGGGGAAGCUGGAAAUUUAUCGAAACAAGAACAGCACGACCGUGGAGUCCAAGGGCUUGGUGGCCGUGCAGUACUCAGACGCGGGUCUGCUGUACAUCCGGCUGUCCACCACUUACUUCAAUUGCACCGGGGGCUUGUGUGGCUUCUUUAACGCAAACGCCAGCGACGAGUUCUGCCUCCCCAACGGCAAGUGCACGGACAACCUGGCAGUGUUCCUGGAAAGCUGGACCACUUUCGAGGAGAUCUGUAAUGGGGAGUGUGGGGACCUGCUGAAGGCCUGCAACAACGACUCGGAGCUGCUCAAGUUCUACCGGAGCCGCUCCCGGUGUGGCCUCAUCAACGACCCCUCCAACAGCUCCUUCCUGGAGUGCCACGGAGUGGUCAACGUCACGGCCUACUACCGCACCUGCCUUUUCCGCCUGUGCCAGAGUGGUGGCAACGAGUCAGAGCUCUGCGACGCUGUGGCCCGGUACGCCAGCGCUUGCAAGAAUGCCGAUGUGGAGGUGGGGCCCUGGCGGACCUAUGAGUUCUGCCCUCUAGAAUGCCCCGAGAACAGCCAUUUUGAGGAGUGUGUGACCUGCACGGAGACCUGUGAGACCCUGGCCCUGGGCCCCAUAUGUGUGGAUACCUGCUCUGAGGGGUGUCAGUGUGACGAGGGCUAUGCUCUGCUGGACAGCCAGUGCGUCACCCGGAGCGAGUGUGGUUGCAACUUCGAGGGGCAUCAACUUGCCACCAAUGAGACCUUCUGGGUGGACCUGGACUGCCAGAUCUUCUGCUAUUGCAACGGCACGGACAACAGCGUCCACUGUGAGACCAUUCCCUGCAAGGAUGAUGAGUUCUGCAUGGAGGAGGGCGGCCUGUACUACUGCCAGCCCCGCACCGACGCCUCCUGCAUUGUCUCGGGCUAUGGCCACUACCUCACCUUUGACGGCUUCCCCUUUGACUUCCAGACCAGCUGCUCCCUUACCCUGUGCACCACGGGAAGCAGGCCGAGCUCAGACUCUUUCCCCAAGUUCAUUAUCACAGCCAAGAAUGAGGACCGGGACCCAUCCCUGGCCCUGUGGGUCAAGCAGGUGGACGUGACUGUAUUUGGCUACAGCAUCGCAAUUCACCGGGCCUACAAGCACACUGUAUUGGUCAACGAUGAGCGGCUCUAUCUGCCCCUGAAGCUGGGACAAGGCAAGAUAAACAUCUUCUCUUUCGGCUUCCACGUGGUGGUGGAAACUGACUUUGGCCUGAAGGUUGUGUACGACUGGAAGACCUUUCUGUCCAUCACGGUCCCCCGCAGCAUGCAGAACAGCACCUACGGCCUGUGUGGCCGCUACAACGGCGACCCUGACGAUGACCUGGAGAUGCCCAUGGGCCUGCUGGCGACGAGCGUCAAUGAGUUUGGGCAGAGCUGGGUGAAGAGGGACACCUUCUGCCAGGUGGGCUGUGGGGACCGCUGCCCCUCCUGUGCCAAGGUGGAAGGUUUCUCCAAGGUGCAGCAGCUGUGCGGCCUGAUCCCCAACCAGAACGCCGGCUUCUCCAAGUGUCACAGCAAGGUCAACCCCGCCUUCUUCUACAAGAACUGCCUGUUUGACUCCUGCAUCGAUGGGGGCGCGGUGCAGACUGCCUGCAACUGGCUGCAGAACUACGCCAGCACCUGCCAGACUCAGGGGAUCAUGGUGACCGGCUGGAGGAAUUACACGUCCUGCUCCGUCACCUGCCCCCCCAACAGCCACUACGAGAGCUGCGUGAGCGUGUGCCAGCCGCGCUGCGCCGCCAUCCGCCUGAAAAGUGACUGCAACCACUACUGCGUGGAGGGCUGCCAGUGCGACGCGGGCUACGUGCUCAACGGCAGGAGCUGCAUCCUGCCGCACAGCUGCGGCUGCUACGCCGACGGCAAAUACUACGAGCCCAAGCAGCUCUUCUGGAACAGCGACUGCACGCGGCGCUGCCGCUGCUUCCGGCGCAACCUGAUCCAGUGCGACCCGCGCCAGUGCAAGUCGGACGAGGAGUGCGCGCUGCGUAACGGCGUGCGCGGCUGCGUCAGCACCAGGACGUCCUACUGCCUGGCGGCCGGCGGCGGCGUCUUCCGCACCUUCGACGGCGCCUUCCUGCGCUUCCCCGCCAACUGCGCCUUCGUGCUGUCCACCAUCUGCCAGAAGCUACCCGACAUCUCCUUCCAGCUCAUCAUCAACUUCGACAAGUGGUCGUCGCCCAACCUCACCGUCAUCUCGCCGGUCUACUUCUACAUUAACGAGGAGCAGAUUCUCAUCAACGACCGGAACACGGUCAAGGUAAAUGGCACACAAGUGAAUGUUCCAUUUAUAACUGGUUUGGCAACCAAAAUCUACAGCAGCGAGGGGUUUCUGGUGAUUGACACCAGCCCUGACAUCCAGAUACACUACAAUGGUUUCAACGUCAUUAAAAUCAGCAUCAGCGAAAGGCUACAAAACAAAGUAUGUGGCCUGUGUGGAAACUUCAAUGGGGACCUGACAGACGAUUAUGUGACUUUGCGGGGGAAGCCGGUCGUGAGCAGCGUGGUGCUGGCCCAAAGCUGGAAAACCAAUGGCAUGCAGAAGAGGUGAGUUCUGACCGGCCUUCUUGCCCCCAGCUGCAACGAGCUGCAGUUCUCCCAGUACACAGCCAUGUGUGACAACGUUCACAUCCAGAAGAUGCAGGGGGAGGGCUACUGCCUGAAGCUCACCGACAUGAAGGGCUUCUUCCAGCCCUGCUACGGGCUUCUCGAUCCCCUCCCCUUCUACGAGUCCUGCUACCUGGAUGGCUGCUACAACCACCAGAAGUUCCAGCUGUGCGGCUCCCUGGCCGCCUACGGGGAGGCCUGCCGCUCCUUCGGGAUCCUGAGCACCGAAUGGAUUGAGAAGGAGAAUUGCUCAGGAGUGGUUGAAGAUCCUUGUGUGGGGGCAGACUGUCCCAACAGAACCUGCGAGCUGGGCAACGGCGGGGAGCUGUGUGGCUGCAUCGAGCCACCCCCCUACGGAAACAACUCACAUGACAUUAUUGAUGCAGAGGUGACCUGCAAGGCGGCCCAGAUGGAAGUGUCCAUAUCUAAGUGCAAACUCUUCCAGCUCGGCUUUGAGAGGGAGGGCGUAAGGGUCAACGACCGGCAGUGCACAGGCAUCGAGGGGGAAGACUUCAUCUCCUUUCAGAUCAACAACACCAAAGGGAACUGUGGCAACAUUGUGCAGUCCAAUGCCACUCACAUCAUGUACAAAAACACAAUCUGGAUUGAAAGUGCCAACAACACCGGCAACAUCAUCACCAGGGACCGCACAAUCAAUGUGGAGUUUUCAUGCGCUUACGAGCUGGAUAUCAAGAUCUCCUUGGAUUCUGUCAUAAAGCCCAUGUUAAGUGUCAUCAACCUGACAGUUCCAACCCAAGAAGGCAGCUUCACCACCAAGAUGGCACUCUACAAAAAUGCCUCCUACAAACAUCCUUACCGCCAGGGUGAAGUCGUGUUGACAACUCGAGAUGUGCUGUACGUAGGGGUCUUUGUGGUUGGAGCUGACUCCACACAUUUGAUCCUAACGCUCAACAAAUGCUAUGCCACCCCCUCCCGCGACAGCAAUGAUAAGCUCCGUUACUUUAUCAUUGAAGGAGGGUGUCAGAACAUCAAGGAUAACACCAUCGGUAUCGAGGAGAACGGAGUCUCCCUAACCUGUCGCUUUCACGUCACCGUCUUCAAGUUCAUUGGGGAUUAUGAUGAAGUUCACCUUCACUGUGCAGUGUCACUCUGUGACUCAGAAAAGUACUCCUGUAAAAUCACUUGCCCACAAAAUUCCAGGAUCGCCACAGAUUAUACAAAGGAACCUAAAGAGCAGAUCAUUUCAGUGGGACCUAUUAGGAGAAAAAGGCUGGACUGGUGUGAGGACAAUGGAGGGUGUGAGCAGAUUUGCACAAGCCGGGUGGACGGGCCCCUGUGCAGCUGUGUGACCGGGACCCUGCAGGAGGAUGGCAAGAGCUGCAGAGCCUCUAAUUCUUCCAUUGAGCUUCAAGUUUGGAUGCUUCUCCUCAUCAUGACCCAGAUUUCAUUAUGGCAUUUUGUCUAUAAAUCAGGCACGACCUCAUAAUUAACUCAAGGUUGCUAUAUAAAGUACUGUAAUUUACGUACUUCAACUCCCCGUAGGAUAAAAAGUGUGUGCCCUUAAGUCAAAACCUGUUUGAAAGUGUCCAGCAUCUCCGAGUGAUACCACCUGCCUCCGAUGGUCAGCGGUGUGGCAGUGAGUGACACCGGGAACUCCUCUUCCAGGGUGUGCUACGGGGCUUCCAAAAGCCAGCCGUGGAAAUUACAUACACGUAUCUUGCCUAAAAUUCCAAAACAGUUGUCACUAGAGACUUUGAUUCACACGAAAAGCCGAUAAAAGGAAAAAAAUCUUGUUAGAAAAGACUGACCAUAAAGCUGACCAGAGAAAUCUGUCAAGCCAGUGCUAUUUCUGGAUGACAGAUUUUACAGCGAUGGCCUGUUGGAGCAGUUUGGAAGUGAUGACUGGAAGGUGUGACUCCCUCUAAGGAACCUUUCUGAUUUGGAAGUGUCUGACCCGUGACAUGCACGCGUUGCUCCCAUCUGUCUGUGAUAAGCCCCUUCCAUCCACUGUGUCCUUCAGCCUUGCCAUGGCAGCUUUGACCUCUGGGGACACUGUUGACCUGGGCAAUGUGACUCACCUCCCAUUCCUGCCCCCCCCAACCCAAGCCCUUCUCUUUUUACAAAUCAAAUUAAUUUUUAAUGCGUUUUAUCCUUAAA